AUGGCCGCCGCCCUUCGGCUGCGGGUCUUAUCCCUGCCGUCGCUGCUGAUGGGGGACGUAGUGGAGAGCAACGGCGGAGCUCUGGCGGCGGAGGUGGUUCCCCUCCGGAGUGGCUACAUUGAUCUGGACGAGCCGAACCACUGUGUGUGGACCGUGGGGCCAGAGACGAUCAAAUGCUUCGAGAUUGAUACGCUGGAGGAGCGCUUCCGGCUCCUUCAGCGAGACCAGGCACCCCUACUCCGACACACGCUUGGCCUCUUCGCGCUGGUUUGGGCAUCGUCGGAGCAUCUGGCCAUGGUUGUCUACUCCGCCGGCGGAAUAAAGCAUUUCGACUCAGAGGUGCAGAUGCAGAACCUCGUCACUGUGGUGGAGAUCCUUACCAUGGAUGUUUUCCUGUGCCAAUCGCAGGGGGAGGACGCGCAACUCCUGGACGUUUCCAAAGGCCAGCAGUUGUGCACUCUGCCAAGCACCGAGCACUGGCAGCUUCCCAACAUCGCGGUCCUGACUCAUCUUGGGGUCAUCCUGGUGACCCUGCCUGGAACACUGCAGAUAUGGCGGUACGCGACCUGGGACUCGGGAGCAUCGUGCUGGCCGGUAAAGGACAUCGAUUUCCAGGGAUCCUUCAGUCAGCGGACUCUGGUCGACCGUGCGCGAGCAUCCUUGGUUCUGCCGCAAGCGCCCUCUGCAAGCGGCAGAGGGGAUGACUUGUUUCUGAUCGACUUGCGCUGCAGCAAGCGCCCUGAGCGUUUCCAGCGCGGUGUCUGCUUCGAUGGAGGAGGCUUGGCGUUCAUACAAG